AUGUUCGGGAGUGCCAAUUCAGGUUUUGGAAACACCACUGGUGGUGGCCUUUUUGGCAAUAAGCCGGCUAGUACUGGCUUUGGAACCGGAAACGCAUCUGGAAAUACAAAUACUAGCCCUUUUGGUGCCUCAAAUACAUCUAGUGCUCCGAUGUUCGGCAGCUCAUCGAAUAACAAUACAACCAAUAAUUCUACUGGAGGUCUUUUCGGGGCGAAAAAUACCAGUGCUCCUUCUGGAGGGCUCUUUGGAGGACUGAACACUGCCAACACUGGCGGAAAUCAACCUCAAAAUAAUACCCAAGGUGGUCUCUUUUCUCAGGGAAACACCACCAACCAAUUUGGAUCGGCACCUAAAUCCACAUUUGGGGCCCCUGCUAGCUCUGGUGGUCUCUUUGGGAACAACAAUAACACCAAUCAAGCUUCAGGGGGCGGGCUUUUUGGAAACUCAUCGACAACCCAAAACUCCGGUGCUACUUCUGGUGGUCUUUUUGGCAGCUCCAACACCCAGAACCAAACAGGUGCUACAGGAGGUGGCCUUUUUGGAUCCAACAACAAUACAGCCAACAACAGUUCUGGCCAAAGCUCACUUUUUGGCUCGAAACCCACGACUUCUACAGGCGGCUUGUUUGGAGGCAAUUCUGGCACCACCAACAAUACAUCUUCUGGUGGCCUCUUUGGUGGGAACAGCAACACAAAUACGAGUACCGGAGGUGGUUUAUUCGGAAACUCUAAUACAUCGUCAGCUCCCAAAACCGGUUUAUUCGGUGGAAAUAAUCAAAGUUCCGGAGGCCUUUUCGGUGGAUCCAACCAGAACUCAGGAGGUUUGUUUGGAAAUAACAACAAUACUAAUCAAGGCUCAAAUAGUCUCUUUGGCGGCGCCUCCAACAACACACUCAACAACACCAGCAAUUCUCAGCAACCGCAACUCACAGCCAUGACUCGAGUAAGCGAGCUUUCACCACAAAUGAAGAAAGAGCUAGAAGACUUUGACCAGUAUAUCAACACCCAGCAUUUGAUUGCCAGCACAUUACAGGCAGAUAUGGAAAAGCAUGAUCAUCUUAUAACGUCUAUACCGAAGGACACUAAUUAUUUGCAUAACAAACUUACUGCGGUUAACCAAGGGUUAAGGUUUGAUUUCAGUCAGCUCCAGAAUCUCAAAGACAUAAAUAACGAGCUUUCAGAGGACCUCAGCAAGAUCAUGCAGCUCAUUAUCCAGUUGUCUACUCCUGGUACCAAGUUGUCGUCAUCUAUUCAAUUGAAUGAGUUCUUCGUCAGAAAGAUUAAAAAGUAUCAUGAAGUAAUUGCCAGUUACCGAGAAAUACUUCAGGAGGUGGAAGAUGUUAUUGGAGGCUUGGAGAGACUGUGUGCUGAAGGUUUCGGUGGGUUGUUCAAUAUUGUCGCUGUCAUUAAGUCCCAGUACAAUUUGUUCAUGGAAUUGUGCGACAACAUGGCCCAGAUACAUAACCAGGUGACAAAGUUGAAGUGA